UCCUUCAGUUCCGGUGGUUAAACAGUUUCCGAGUUCCGUCUCCACGCAGCAACGAAGCAACACAAGGAAGAGACCGCAGGAAGAGAAUCAUGGCUGAAGUGGAGGAAACACUGAAGAGGAUUCAGGCACACAAAGGGGUCAUAGGGACAAUAGUUGUAAAUGCUGAAGGUAUUCCUAUCCGUACGACGUUGGACAAUUCCACCACCGUGCACUAUGCAGGUUUACUUCAUCAGCUCGCUAUGAAAGCCAGGAGUACAGUGCGAGACAUAGACCCUCAGAAUGACCUCACUUUUCUACGCGUCAGAUCCAAGAAGCACGAGAUCUUGGUGGCGCCUGACAAAGACUAUCUUCUUAUUGUGAUUCAGAACCCAAGUGAAUAGGACAAGAACUCUUCACUCACUUCUGAUGUAAGCACAGUCUUUAUAUCAAACUUGAUCGUUCUUUUUUUCACACACCGGCGCUCACCUGCACGGCAAACACAUGAAGAACAUGGAGCUCUCGCCGGUGUUAUGGAGGACUGCAACUCUACUUCAACCUGAAAACAACCUUUCGUGAUUCAGUCUUUUGUUCUGGGCUCAAAUCUGAUCUGCUGAAAGUCUCAGCACAAACACACAAAGCGUCGAGCUUCACCGGACUGAGCAGUCUAAUGGCAUCUUUACUCUGCUGCUCGAUCUGUCCAAAACCAUUAAAACCGAAACCAAACCAAUGCAUUGACGUUGAUCCGCUCCCAGACACAAACCACAUAUCUUUCAUUAAGAUCACUAAUUAAUUUAUUCUUUCUUUGCCUUUCCAUGCAAAUUGCUCUUCAGAUUGUAUUUUAAACCACUUACAUGCAUAUAACUGCACUACUUUUUACUUUGCAAAAACAUUUUGUUUAGUUAAAUAAAAUGUAAUCUGAAGGGGGAAA